AUGGCUUCAAUUAGUUUAUUGAAUCCUAAAGCUGAAUACGCUCGCGCUGCAAAUGCCUUGGCCUUUAACAUCUCGGCUGCCAAAGGUUUGCAAGAUGUCAUGCGGACCAAUUUGGGACCUAAAGGAACAAUGAAAAUGUUGGUGUCGGGAGCUGGCGACAUUAAAAUCACCAAGGAUGGUAAUAUUCUUUUGCAUGAAAUGCAAAUUCAACAUCCCACCGCAUCGAUGAUUGGCCAUGCUAGUACCGCUCAAGAUGAUGCAACUGGUGACGGUACCACAUCCACAGUUUUACUCAUUGGUGAGCUCCUAAAACAAGCCGAUAUCUUUUUGGCUGAAGGCCUUCACCCCCGUAUUGUGACUGAAGGUUUUGAAAAGGCCCGCGAACAAGCCUUGGCUGUUUUGGAUACCAUGAAAGUACCAGUUGAGGUUAACAAGAAGAGUUUAACCGAUGUCGCCAGAACUAGUCUGAAAACUAAAGUUCAUGCCGCUUUGGCUGAUUUGUUGACAGAUGUCUGCGUCGAUGCUGUCUUGGCCAUUCGUCAUGACGAAAAACCCGUAGAUUUGCACAUGAUUGAAAUUAUGGAAAUGCAACACAAGACAGCCACCGAUACUACUUUGAUUAAAGGUUUGGUUAUGGACCAUGGUGCUAGACAUCCUGAUAUGCCCAAACGUUUGGAAAAUGCCUACAUUUUGACUUGCAAUGUUUCCCUUGAAUACGAAAAAUCAGAGGUUAACUCUGGUUUCUUCUAUAAAACUGCCGAGGAACGUGAGAAGUUUGUUCAAGCUGAACGCGACUUCAUCGACCAGAGAGUAAAGAAAAUCAUCGAAUUGAAGCGUAAAGUUUGCGAUGGUACUGAAAAAUCCUUUGUUGUUAUCAACCAAAAAGGUAUUGACCCCAUGUCUUUGGAUGCCCUUGCCAAAGAAGGCAUUUUGGCUUUGCGUCGUGCCAAGCGCCGUAACAUGGAACGUUUGGCUUUGGCCUGUGGUGGUACUGCCAUGAACUCUGUCGAUGAUUUGGAAGAAUCUCACUUGGGCUAUGCUGGUCUCGUCUAUGAACAUGUCUUGGGUGAAAAUAAGUUCACAUUUGUGGAAGAGUGCAAAAAUCCACAAUCCGUAACCAUUUUGGUCAAGGGUCCCAACAAACACACCAUUGUGCAAAUCAAGGAUGCCAUUCGUGACGGUUUGAGAGCCAUUAACAAUACCAUUAACGAUAAGUGCGUCAUUCCUGGAGCUGGUGCUUUUGAAGUACGUGCUUUCAACAAAUUGAUGAAAUACAAGGAUACCGUUAAGGGUAAAGUACGUUUGGGAAUCCAAGCCUUUGCCGAAGCUCUCUUGGUGAUACCCAAAAAUUUGGCCAUCAACAGUGGUUACGAUGCCCAAGACACUAUUGUUAAGUUGACUGAAGAAGAUCGUCUCAAUCCCGAUCCCAUUGGCUUGGACUUGUCCACUGGUGAACCCAUGAAACCCGUUGAUUUGGGUGUUUACGAUAAUCAUAUUGUUAAGAAACAAAUUUUGAAUUCCUGCUCUGUCAUUGCCAGUAAUCUGUUGCUGGUCGAUGAAAUUAUGCGUGCUGGUAUGACCAGUCUAAAGGGUUAG